CGUCCCUCACACGUGCUGGGAUAGCGAGCAUGAAGUGAAGUGUUAUUAAUUCCUGGACAGACUCUAUCCUGCUGCGUUUGUCAGUGUCCGUGUCUGUUGUCAGCGGCUCGUCAUGGGCUCGGAGGAGGACGCCGCGCUGCUGGCGCUCAUCCACCGACACCUGGAGGCGAGCGGCUACCGGGAAGCUGCCCAGCGGCUGGAGGAGCAUUUAACUCAGGUGGAGAUGCCAGUGGAGGGCCUAAACCUACACGACAUUUACACUGGAUGGAUUAAGCUGUGCUCUCUAGCUCAGCACGCCAAGCAGGAGACAAGAGCCGAAUAUGGAAACUUGAAGAUGAGGAUGAUCAAGCAGGAGGAAGAGGAGGCCGCAGAUGUCAAACUAAACGGCGCGGCAGGGGAGAAAAGAACAGACGACAAGCCUCUGAUUGAGCCCAAGACGGAGGUUCUCUCUGCAGAGACGGCGAUCGUUUCUGAGCAGCACCUGGAGGCGGCUGAUAAAACCCAAACCGAGAAAUCAGACAGCGAGUCGUCUGACAGUGAAGUGGAAGAAGAAGAAAAGGAGAAAACGAGCACAGACACAGAGCCGGUUCCAGCUGAGGCGCCCAACGAGGGUGAAGGCUCCGGCUCAGACACCGAGCGGACAUCUGAGCCCACCCAGAGUGACCCGGACGUGAUCGAUCCCUCUCAGCCUGAAACGCAGCCACGACCCUCUGAUCCAGCCGAGGAGUCCAGCCCUGAGAGCGAGCAGGAGGAGGAGGAGGAGGAGGAGGAUCAACAAGGGGGUGAUGAGGAAGAGCAGGAGACACAAGCUGUCAUAAACUCGCCUGAAGCCACAGAGGAAACCUCUGCAUCAGAACGGAUCGAUGCCGUUCAAGGAUCCACAGCUUGUUCGUCUCAAGAGGCAAAUGUAGCUGAGCUCCUGGAGGAGGAAGAGGAGGAAGAGGAGGAGGAGCACACAGCUGCAGAGGGAUUAAGUCACGCCCAUGACGUAUCCAAUCAGGAGGCAGAGAGAGAGGCCCCGCCCCCUGCAGGCGCAGAUGUUGAAAGUCCACAAGAGACGAGAUCUGAGGUAAUGCAAAGCUGUAUUUUUAGAAGAACAUUCGUCUAA